ACGGCAGCACGGUCGCACGUAUCAUUCCAUGAUUCGUAUCUCAUUUCAGCUUCGAUAAUAACGCCUUUAAGUUUCGUCCCGAAAGGAUACUCAAGAAAGUAGCAGAGACGGGCCCUCAGCAAGCUCAUUUUCCAGACGGCACUUUCCUGCGCGUAAGACAUCACCGGUGAGCCCAGUAUAGGCAGAGAGAUAGAGAGAGAGACAUCUGCAACAUAAAAUAGGCUAUUGUUACGACUGCGUUCGCAACGAUGGCGUCAAGUAAAGACUCGGUUACGGUUAAGAAUAAAGGCAAGGCCGUUCCUUCUUCCACUGAAGCGUUUCCCACGACGUUGCCCUCAGCCCGGCCUGGCUCGUCCGCUCAAGACUUCUCGGAAGAUGGCCACCAUCUACAACACCAGGACAGCAUGUCAAGACCACAAGGUCUACGCGAAACACAAGUGCCUGGGCCGUCGGAGGCGUCACUCGAAACGGCGUUCAGGAGAUCGGUCCAGCCCGUGGAUACCAGAGGCAACUUUGGCUCUCCAGCAUCAGUGGCAGAAGGACAGCCCUUGGCGCUGCCAAUGAAUCUGAAGCAUGGAAGCUCCACUCAGGAACUCAAUGCUGUCGGGGCUACAGCGGCAACCACUUCUGCGAAUGACUCCGUAAUUGCGCAUCAAAGAUCCACCGAAGGGGUAGAUAUCACCUCAGCCGACAAGCACCAACGAGGCUCGACCGAAGCGGAGGUCCCUUCACACGCGGCAAGUCCAUCACUCUCCGGAACGGCAACAUCCGCGCAGUUGCCUAGAGUAGGAAUAUCGCGUCAUACUUCGGGCACGCGAUCGCCCGCGAUGAGUAUCGAAGGUCAUCAUGCUUCGGGCAGGGGCACGAAGACGUCGAACAGGAGAAAACCGCAUGGCGCUGUAUCCCCGCACAGAAGCUUGCCAACACAUGCAUCGACGUCUACUGCAUCGAGGCGCCUUGCAUCGAGGUCCCCAGCUUCGACGUUCCCUGCAUCGACGUCUCCUGCAUCGAGGUCUCCUGCUCCGAGGUUGCCUGCAUCGACGUCUCCUGCAUUGAAUUUCCCUCCAUCGUCUUCACCGGACACGACCGAUUCGUCGAAGUUUUGCGAUAGUCCGACCUACGCGGACCUCAGUUCGGGUCACUCACCGAAACCCGAUGGUCGCUUGGUCUCCGAUGAACGCGGAAUUCGCCACCUCGACCAUCCUCCGAGCAAAGCCGGACACAGUUCCGGCCGACCUCCGCACGAGCAGCAUCUCAAAUCCAGGAAGCUGAGCCUCGUCCAUGAAACACCGAGUGGGUCUGUUGGCCGCGUUAAACCGCGGCUGAUCAAGGCCACCGGGAGAACUGUAGACGCCCACAACAAAGAAAGGAAGGAGGAUGUCGCGACGCCGACCGGAUCGCCGAAGGGUUCUCCCUCUUCGCCUUUACCCGCUCACGACAGUGGAGCCAAAGAGCUGCUCGAGCACGGAACCGCGGCUGCGGCUUCCAGCCGGUCCGUCGCAACGCUAGUGCCCACUUCGCCGGAAGGGCCCCGUGAUCCGCCGGCACUGCUACUUGGAGAGAAGGGCCGACUUGACAAGAAAGGGCAGCCGCAAAUGCUUGUGAAUUUAGGAGAGCCUCCGCAGGAAAUAGAGAGCCCUGGAUCCCAAACCGUAAGCGAGAUUCACCCUUCGCCGGGCGUAGGAGGCGUUCAGAGUGUCAGCAGUCCCACAAGUGGCUAUGACUCCCCAGCGUCAGCGGACAAGUUGCUUUUCGACCCGCACCAGUCUCAGCUGGUGCUGAACGUGAAAGCCCUGAGCCCGACGUCUGGGAGAUCACCCAGGAAGGCCAAGGCUGGGCAGCGGUUUCCGCACAUCAAGAAGAUGUCCUGGCCUAUGGCGGAGCUGAGGAAGUUCAGACUGAGCAGGGGCACGCUUCCUUCUAUGUCGUUGGUGCACCACUCGACUACGCAAGCGAGGGUGCAAGAAACGCUCGGACUCCGGGGACAGUGGGUCGUGGCUUCCGUACUCGCGCUCGCGAUCAUCGUCGUGGUGUUGGUCAUCGUGUCGAGAUGGACCGUGGUCACGGAGAACCGAGGAAUUCAGCUCUGCAACUCUGCCGCUUGCCACAAAUACGCUGGGCAUAUCUUACUGCAGGUGAACCGAUCUCUGGAUCCCUGCGAAGACUUCAGCAAAUACGCCUGUUCGGCGUGGUCUCCUCCGCGGACAAGGGCACACUACGCCACGUCAAGCUUCACGCAGCUCAUCCGUGCAUGGUUCGAGAGCUUCAGCGGCCUCCUGCUGGGUGCCUCAAAGCACGGAUUCACGGUCGCUGACGGGCCAGCAGCCAUGCUACGGGCUUGCGUAAACCCCAACACCAAGGCGGGCGUGCCAGGCAUACAAGAGCUACGGGACCUAAUGGCCUCCGUCCACCUCUAUUGGCCCGACCCGCCUGACGACGAGGGCAGCCCGCUGGGAGUCUUGCUGCGACUAGCCUAUAAUUUCGGAGUACGAACCUGGUUUACCAUUCGCGUGUACCGGCGUAACACCAGCCACACCAGCACUGUCCACCUCAGCCCGGCCGACGCCAUCAGCUUCGCCGUAAAACACCACAGGCGUGUGACGGCUUCAAAAGCGUACGAGCUUUUAUGGCGAGUUUUCUACUUCCGCUUCCAGGAGUUCGGAAACGGAAGCACUGCGCCGAACGACGCUGCCAUAGAGAGGUCCGCGGCGAUGCAGACCUUCGUCCUUGAGCACAUCUUCGAGGCCAAGACAAACCCGACAGGUCGUCCCGCAUGUUUUGUUAUGUCCGCCCUGGGUGGGUACACAGCCAACAUUUCAUCCGAGGAGUGGAUCGCAGAGAUAAAUGCGGUGAUCCCCAGCGCCCUUGUGUCUCCUUCGGACAACAUCAGUGUGAGCGAUCUUGCGGUUCUCGAAGCGAUCGACGCUAUCUUCAAGUCCUUCACUCGCCGGGACAUUAUGGAUUACUUGGGCUGGCAGCUGGCACAGUUGUACGGUCCGUUGGUUGAUCCGAUGCUGUCCAAGGAGUACUUCGGAGACGCGGAGCGCACUGCGAUCUACCUGCCUCAGGUGUGUGCCCGUGUGGUUGAGGCAUCAUAUCCGGGUUUGUUGGCAGCACUGCACUACCUCACGCGCCUCGACGAGUCGGCACGGAAUGCCGUCAGGAUGACCCUGAAGAGUGUCCUCAACACCCUGGCCGCCCUAGUAGAAGGCGUCUCCUGGCUGGACGAGGCCACGAAGACUCCAGCCGCAGCUCAGCUUCGAAGUGUGAAAAUCCGCCUGUGGCCUCCUCCGUGGAUCCUGAAAAAAGAAGCCCUAACGCGCAUCUACUCUCACUUCCCGGUCAACGCCACUUCGCUCAUGGAAUUCCUGAAGCUGUCCCGAAAAGCGAUAAGGAAGCUCACCGAGUCGGAGCCGGGCUUCGAAGAGGUGCUUUCGAGUCCGCUGAGUGGCUCACUGCCUUACUUCAGCUACGACCAAGCCCUCAGCGAGGUGUCCAUAUCAGCAGGCGCUGUCCAGUUCCCGCUGUUUGUCCCCGGUGGCACUGCAGUGAUGAACUAUGCUGGACUUGGCUUCUCGUUUGCGCUGCAGUUGGUGCGGUUUCUCGAAAGCUUCAGCCGCACGAUGAUGGCCGAGCGACGAUGCACAAACAUAAACAACGGCAACUUUACAUCGUACACAGCUGCGCUUCGCAAGAGGUCUUCGUGUCUUGCGCCGGCUUACAAAGGCAGCUUCUUCCCAGAGGUGGUAGCCUUGGAGGCAACUCACGCCGCAUUCCUCAACAAUGUCGGCGGAGCUCUUGACGGCGAGCGUCUCAUCACAGAGUUCUCCAAUGAGCAGAUCUUCUACAUCGCACUCUGCUACUUCCAAUGCGGCCGUCAUGGUGGCCUACGUGGUUUCUUCAACCAAUGCAACAAGGCGGUUAUGUACUUCCCGGAUUUCGCGGGUGCCUUUAAGUGUCCCGUCGGGUCUCGCAUGUACCCUAGCGGCAACUGUCGCUUCUUCUGAUUCUCACGCUAUAACCUUGCGCAGACUCUCAAUAACCCGCAACAUUUGUCAGUGGGCUUUCAUUGAGACAAUGCUGUUUUUUUCUAUUUUGUUUUUCAUUUGAUUCGUUUAGGACAACGUUCGUUGAGGAUAUAGUUUGUGGUUUCUCCACAUGGCUGCUGCCAAAGAAAAUGUCUUAAACCUUCCACUAACAAUUCGCUAUGGGGCUAUAGGUUAUUGUCGCAUAAAAGCAGCCCCCCCCCCCUCCCCGCAACUAACAGCAGUCUAAUUAUUGGAGGAGAGCGUACGAUAUUGUAAGCAUGAUUUAGCCUGAACACGCAAUUUUCGUGCUUUAAGGGUUCAAAGGGAUGACGUAGCGCGUCUUCUGCGGCUGUCACAUUUUCGUGUGAACCUAGCAUUUAUUGCUCUGUAACUGUCUGGUUGGCGGCUGAGUCACAGCGCCUAUGCAGUGUGCUUGGUGAAAUGUUUGUGUCUUCCAUAUAUGUAGAAUGCUGCGCAUUUUGGGACUAAAGGGCCUUAAGUAUAGUGGCCAUGACGAAAACUUGAGUAACCUAAGUUACCCAAUGUUUUUAUUUAUUUCAAGUAUUAAACGGCGGAUUUCAUUUAGGUUUUGCAUUACUCUAUCUGCGACAAAAGAACGAACCACUUGGAAUCUUUGCUGACAAUACAGUCACAUCAUGCACAGUAUUCGCACUGCAAUCAGCAACAUCGCGAUAUUUACAUUUGACACCGUUUUGUUGCAACGGGAAAAUAGACGUGAA